GAAACUGCCUCUAUUGCUGUAUUCAUAUGGUCUGAAAUCUGAGUUCAACUGUUCUUGUGAGCAAAUUGCCAAAGGGGAAAUUAGGGAGCAGUUCUUGGUGUUUUCACUGUCGAAUCGCAUCUGAAAUUCCAUCGAAGAAGGACUAGAGAACGAUUUUCUUUUUCAUCUUAUUUUAACUGAAUUCCUAACUUUCACCUUUGGAUUUCCACUUUUCUAUUGUUGUGUGGACUGCGAAUUUCAAGCUACUUUCUGAUCUGAUUCCUCUUGGCGAGGAAUUGUUUUCUGGGUCUCUCUGUAUCGUGGAGGAAAUGGCAAAACGUGGAUAUAAGCUGCAAGAAUUUGUAGCUCAUUCCACCAAUGUAAAUUGCUUAAGUAUCGGGAAAAAGGCAUGUAGACUUUUUAUUACAGGCGGCGAUGAUCACAAAGUCAAUCUUUGGGCAAUUGGAAAACCAACUUCUUUAAUGACCUUGUGUGGUCACACAAGCCCAGUUGAAUCUGUAGCUUUUGACACAGCAGAAGUUUUGGUUCUUGCUGGAGCUUCCACUGGGGUGAUAAAGCUUUGGGAUUUGGAAGAAGCAAAAAUGCUUCGCACUCUUACUGGACACAGCUCGAACUGCACUGCAGCUGAGUUUCAUCCAUUUGGCGAGUUCUUUGCAUCUGGUUCAACAGACACAAAUCUGAAGAUCUGGGAUAUCAGAAAGAAGGGAUGCAUUCAUACAUACAAGGGUCAUACUCGAGGCAUUAGUACUAUUAGAUUCACUCCUGACGGUCGCUGGGUGGUUUCUGGUGGAUUUGACAAUGUUGUAAAGGUAUGGGAUCUUACUGCUGGAAAGCUUAUACAUGAUUUUAAGUUUCAUGAAGGACAUAUUAGAUCCUUAGAUUUUCAUCCCCUCGAAUUUCUCCUGGCCACAGGUUCAGCAGAUGGAACUGUGAAGUUCUGGGACUUGGAAACUUUUGACUUGAUUGGGUCUACCAGACCAGAGGCCACUGGAGUACGCACAAUUACCUUUCAUCCCGAUGGGAGGACACUUUUUUGUGGAUUAGAUGAUUCUUUGAAGGUUUAUUCUUGGGAGCCUGUAAUUUUCCAUGAUGCCAUUGGUAUUGGGUGGUCUACACUUGGUGACCUCUGCAUUAAUGAAGGAAAACUUUUGGGUUGCUCGCAUUAUCGAAAUUCUGUGGCAGUUUGGGUAGCAGAUAUAUCGCUUAUUGAGCCAUAUGGAGUUGGUUUUGUACCGGAAGAAAGUGAUUGUGCAGAGAAAAAAUUUAACAUCUCCAAAAGUGAUUCUCCUGUUAAAGCAAGGACUGGAGAAAGAUCGGCUUCAGAUUUACGCUCUAUAUCUCCUGAGUAUGAGAUCAAAGAAAUAAAGAAUAUAUAUGUAGACUCUACUGGUGGAAUUCCUGUUUCUUCACAAAAAGCUGGGUCUUUGAGUUCACCAAAUAUGGUCCUCCCGGUGGAUUCCAAGGAGAUGAUUAAUCCACCAACAGAGAAGAAAAGUUCCACAAUAGAAGUGACUGGAAAAGCUAGUGGGGAAGCACUUAAUAAAUCUUUUGUUGUGCCCACUGUUGUACCUCGGGACAGUGCUGUUGAUAAUAACUCUUCUAAUUCUGGAAGGGGAACAGUCACUUUUUCAAGGACAAAACCUGGCAUGUUGCUCAGGCCAGCUCAUAUUUGGAGGCCAUCAAAUAGCAAGAAUGAUGUUGAGAAGCUAUCAGUAGCUCUUGAAUCUGAAACUUCUAGCAGUGUGACGAGUGAAAAAGAGAGUGCAAUGGAUCUGAAGUCGCAAUCUCUGCAUGUAUCAGAAGAUGGGAUACAGAAUUCCUGUGAGGAAAAUAAAUCUACUAUUAAGAGUGUUGCAGAUAAGUUUGAAAAAAUUUUAUCCCCAGAGACACCCACGUGUCAGGAAAAUUGUGAUGAAUCCAUUGCUAAUAGCAAUAAAGGGAUCCCCUCCGUUAAAAUCGUCAAUGGAGUUGCUGUUGUAGCGGGCAGGACACGCUCUCUGGUUGAGAGAUUUGAAAGACGAGAGAAAUUUAGCAGUGAAGAUCAAUCAAUCAAUAUGGCUUCUCAAGUUGCACAUGAAACAAAUAGGAUAUCUAAUAUCAACCCUGGUGCUGCAAAAGAAACUGAUAUAAAACCUCCAACAGCAACCAGUGUGAGCUCUCUUGUUAUGCCUGAAAAUGAUAGAAAACCUCCAACAGCAAUCAAUACAAGCCCUCUUGUUAUGCCUGAAACUGAUAGAAAGCCUCCCACUUCAGUGAAUGUGACACCUCAUUUUAUGCCUGAAACUGAUAGAAAACCUCCCACUUCGGCUAAUGUGCCACCACAUUUUAUAGCUGAAAUUGAUAGAAAACCUUCCACAGAAACUAAUAUGACCACUCAUGUUAUACCUGAAACUGAUAGAAAACCUCCCACAGCAACUAAUAUGCCCGCCCAUGCUAUGCCUGAAACCAAGAGUAAACCUGUCAUAGCAACUAAUAUGACUCUGGGUUUUAUGCCUGAAAUGGGUAGAACACCUGCUAAAGGAACUGCUUUGACCCCUCGUGCCAUAUGUGAAAGGGAUAGAAAACCAACCACAACUACUAAUGUGAAUCCUCGAGUCGUACCUGAAACAGAUAGAUCACCUCCCAUAGCAACUGAGGUGACUCCUCGUGUCAUACGAGGAAUGGAUAGAGCACCUUCCAUGCUGGAGGAGCCUCAGAUUUCUGGCAGCGAACCGGUUUGUUCUAGUUAUCGAGAUAUUAGUGAAGAUUUGAUGCGAACUCAUGAUGUAUUCUUGAGUACCCUUAAAUCCCGCUUGACAAAAUUACAGGUAGUUAGACACUUUUGGGAACAGAAUGACAUUAAGGGUGCUAUCAAUGGUUUAAGAAAGCUGCAAGAUCCUUCUGUGCAAGCAGAUGUAAUCAGUAUCCUUAUGGAGAAAAUGGAGAUUCUUACCUUAGAUCUAUUUUCUUGCUUACUUCCCGUGCUUGUGGGCUUACUGGAGAGCAAGAUGGAAAGGCACACAAGUGUCUCAUUGGAGAUGCUACUGAAGCUUGUAGCAGUCUUUGGCCCAAUAGUACGCUCAACCAUUUCUGCUCCUCCAGCUGUUGGUGUUGAUCUUCAUGCAGAGCAAAGGCUAGAAUGUUGCAAGCAAUGUUUUGUCCAGCUGCAAAAUAUCCAACAAAUUCUUCCACUAGUUACAAGGAAAGGCGGAUUAGUGGCAAAAUCGGCUCUAGAAUUGAAUCUAGUUCUUCGAGGAUCAUAGCCAAAGCCCGCCAUUGGAAGUCGCUUCCUGCUGCAAGUCUCAGAGUACUGCGCAGGCAAUAUCCUAACUGCACUAUGCAAUGCUAUUCCUUCCACGUGUCAUUGGGCACCUCACAAUUUUGUCAUGCUGCUUCUUACUUUUUGGCAGUCCAUAUCGGCCUUUUUUAGCAACAGAAUCCAACAGCUUAUGAGGCAAAUAUUACAGCAGCUUCUUUUACGUGCCAUGCCACUGUCAAUCCAUCAUUACAUAAAUCAGUCAUCUUUAGUGCCAUGGUCCUUCAGGCAGUAUAUUUUCUGUAAGUAUUUGAUUCUGGGUAUUGUUGUCUGAUUUUGUGUUUCUCUUACAAUGUUCAAAUGAAUGUAAUUAGGUGGCAAUUCUUAUGUAUACUACAAUCAUCUUAUUCAAUGAAAUGCAUAGAUUUCUUCAAA